UUGAGCUGGAUAGAGGGACCUAACGUCGCGCCGUCAUCGUCGCUGGCGAUUUAUGCGCCUGCCGUUCAGUAUGGCUUUGGUUUCUUCUAGCAUCGGUAGUAGGUACUAGAAGCACACACCCUCCGUCGUCGUAACAUUGGAAAAACAAGAGUGAAUCAUCGGAUUUAUCACCUUCUCCGCCAGUAGGUGCCGCCAUGUGGAAAUCGAACUGACACAGAUUUAGUGAUUACGCAGCUAAUAACGUGCAGUUCAAAUCUUUUUGAGAUGUGCAAUAAGGAUUCCGUUCGAUCACGUUUCCCUCGCGUCUUAAUGGACGUUACGAAAAGUGUUGGAUCAAGUGUGAGAUGUGCAAUCUAGUUAGCAUCGAUGUGACGCGGACAAGUGUCUCCUUAUCGGUGAAAUAAACUUCACCAGAUAUCGUCAAAGUGUGCCUUGCGUUUAUCAGUCGAUACGCGCCCCGCCCCGCACAGCCUACCAUGAUUAGGAAAAUGAAACGAAAUCGCAUGAUGUUGUGCCUGCUGUUUGUGGUGUUUUGUUUGCUAGUGACCGCCAAUUUUUUGAUUCACACCCAGUGCCUAAAGCCUUCGAUCAGCUACUACAAGAUCUUGGAAGAUCACAUACGCGAUCGCCGGUUAGAAGACCGGUCCAAGUACAUCCUGUUGUACACGAACUUCUUCGACGUUAAGAACUGGAAACUGUCCGCGGAAACCGUUGGACCGGAUUAUUUCCGAUCGCUAGAAUGCCCGGUAACGGAUUGUGUCCUGACCAACAACCGGGAUCUGCUGUCCACCGUAACGGACUACGACGCACUUGUGUUCCACAUUGCCGAACCUUGGGCGUACUCGCUGUUCGAAAAGGUGCCCAAGCUUCGCUCGCCGAAUCAGAUCUACGUCGCCGCCAACAUGGAAUCUCCUGCUCAUACAAAGCAUCUGCUAGGCGGCGAUCACCACUUCUUCAACUGGACCAUGACCUAUCGGCUGGACUCGGACGUCGUGUGGAACUACAACAACUUCGUCGAUGCGGAAACUGAAGUCGUGGUGGGUCCUAGCGAGCGACCCCAGUGGCGGAGGGACUUUGAGGAGUACUACAACGAAACUGUUCUGGGAAUCGUCCUGGAAAAGACCAAAAUGGGAGUUCAAUUCGUUUCCCACUGUGGAACCAUUUCCAAGCGGGACGACUUGGUUCGGGAGAUUCAGAAGCUGAUGUCGGUGGACAUCUACGGAAAAUGUGGAACCCUGGAGUAA